AUGAACGGUUGUUUACUUCUCGUCCUGUUUAUCAUGAAACUAUGCGGCACUAAUAAACAGGCGGCGGUGAUGGUUCAGGCAUUUGUGAAGACCACAAGUAAAUCACUGGGACGCUUGGAUUUAUUAGAAUGUGCAGUGCUGGAACCUAUCGAAUAUGAUAAGCAUGUAGCUAAAGGCUUAUGUCCGCCAUCACCCACAAAGAUUCUAAAGACAUUUGGAAAUAAGUUGGAGAAAUUAUAUCACCGAAAAACCUCUUGGUUGAUGAAGAAAGAGAAAAAAGAAAAGAAAGACUGGUUGAUGAAAAAAAAAUUGAUAAUGAAGGCAGUAUUUUUGGGAAAGCAAUCAUUUUAUCAACUGCAGUUGCAAAAUGUUGAUUUCGAUUUUGAGUUGAUCGAGGGAUUAUUUUUGAUAUUGGAAUGUCCAACAAGGAGAAAAGUAAAGAAACCUAACAUUGAAUGGUACCUAGAUGGUUCGCCAAUAACUACUGAUUCUCGAUAUUCUCGAUUAUCUUGGAGAGUCAAACUUACUCCACUCAAAUAUCUUCAGAUUUGGCCACUAAUGGUAACCCAAGAUGACGGACGAUACGAAUGUUUUAUUGAUGGUAAACCACAUGGAUCAGUCACUUUACAUGUCAUUUCUGUAGCUGAAGGGCUUAGCCGAGGUACGACUAAUUAUUUUAUAACGAUGAUGCUUUCUAUACCAUUCGUUGCAUUUGCAAUUUUCUACCGUUUAUUACAUCCACAACGUGAAGCAAUUAUGUUGGACAGUCCCGUAAUCGAUUUUUACGAGAAACUUCUAAAUCUUACAACAAAGGAGAUGAAGAGUCAUAUCAGCAAAACAAUUCACAAAGAUAAGACGGAAAGAGAGAUUGAAUCUAGUCAUUCACAUGGGAGAACUUCCAAUGGUGAAAGUAUGCGAAAUAAUCGUGACGCAGUGAUGACAAUUUUGAAUGUUGCCGAAAUAAACCAACGCAAAAAUUAUGAUGCACCCAAGCAGAAGGUGAAAUAUGGACCGCUAAAUCAUUUGAAAUUGCUACCGUAA